GUGCGCAAUGGCUGUCAGCUGUGACGUAUACGCGCGAGAGCGAGCGAAAAGAUCGUAUUUGACAGAACGCGAUUUUGAGGUUACUGAGACACCAAAUAUACCACGCAAAUCUGCAUCGUGUUAUUAUUAGUGAUUUCUUAUUUGUAAAACCGUGCGAUGUCAGUGCCACGAGUGAAAAGUUUUAUUAAUGUUUGAAAUGAAUGAUGUGACGAAACACUUGCCGAUUACGAGGCAGAUAAUAUUUUCCGUGGCGAACAAUGCCAUGUAAAAUACUCGUGUCACUGUAUCACUGAUCGCACAAUUAUUUUUUAUCAACGAACACGAAAAUGGCACUUGUCAACAUCGAAGGAAUCGAUCCCUGGCUCACGGAAUAUGACGCCUGUGAGAAGCUGUUCCGCGAGAUCAUGGAGCAGCUCACUAUGCGCGAUGGCGAAUCAAAAACGUCGAAGGUUUACGCCAGCUUAUCAGCCAACAUCAGGUUGCGCAUGAAACAGUACACGCGCCAAGUCCAGCAGCUCAGGAGCAAGGUGGAAGAGGCGUCCAAGUUGAGAACAAUAACUUUCGAGGAAGCUGAACGGAGAACAAGGCAAGUGGAACAACUGCAAAGCAAGGACAUUCAACUGCAGAAGCUGUACGAUCCACGUGCAAACGAUUAUGCAUCAUCCCGUGCUAGCUUAUUAAGAGCGGGCUCGUCGGCUUUCGCCGACGGCGGCACGACUUCUUGGGCCGCUGACGAUGAAGACGAUAGGCCGUUAGACGUGCACGUAACUGUUAAUGAUCUUGUGACUCAUCAAGAGAAGGUAUUGAAAGAGCAAGAUAAAGACUUGGAAGAACUGUGUAAAGUGAUAGCUCGCCAGAAGGAGAUUGGACAAAGUAUUAGCAAUGAAGUGGAUCAUCAACAUGAAAUAAUCGAUGAUCUGGCCGAUCACAUGGACAGAACUGAUGAAUCUUUGAUCAACAAGACUCAACAGGUCCGUAGUAUCCAUUCCAAAGACCGUACGUGUGGUUACUGGGUAGUGAUAAUCUUACUUUUCAUCGCUAUCGUUAUCGUUGCUUUAAUUAACUAGAUAUAUUUAAUGGAUUAUUUCGAUUCUGUUAAAUUGUCUAUACUUAAGGUGCAUAAAUUGCAAACUACGCUGAAAUGCUUGUAAAAUUUAAUAUAAAUAGGAAUGUCUUAAUCUUUAUCUUUUAAUAAAAUGUAAUAAUAUUGA